CAAUAAUGCAUAGUAAUGCGCAAGCGUAGUUUACAUCAUCAAAUUUUCUAAUGUGAAAUCAAUGUUUUUGUUUUUGUUUUCCGCGUUUAUUAUUAUAUAUUAUACAAAUAAUAUAAGUUUACUGCCAUUCAACAGCAGAAACUCAUACUAUCACCGACUUACACUCCCACCUCAAACAUAAACAUAAACAUAACCGUUUAGGUUACUAUUGGGUAUUGAUCCGUGUCAAUUCUUGUUGCAGUUUGUGUUUAUUUGUCGUUUUGUCGAUAUCAUUAUUUUUUCUUGUUGUAAAUGCUUUGACUUGGAAGCAUCGCAUCUUUUGCCUUUCCUGUUACUUUUUUGUUCCUCUAAAUUUAAAGUUACACCAUAAUACUUUUUAACAACCAGAAAAUGGUGAACGAAAAAGUGGUUAGAAACCCCUCGCAAAACUGCGUCGUCGAGGUGUCGCGUGAUGAAGAGAAAUUCCGUAAAAAGUUCCCAAAAUUUGAAGAUACCAAAGAUAAGCAGCUGAAGUGCACUGUUUGCUCGGUGAACCUGACACCGUUCAUAUUGGCUGGGAAAUCAUGUCAUUUGCAUUCCUUCCUCAAAGUGCUAGUGUGUAAGAAAUGCCUCGACUUCUACGGUGAUGGAGAUUUCUCCGUUGAUGAGGAUGGGGACGAAAAGUACUGUCGCUGGUGCGGCCAGGGUGGAAAUCUGUUCCUCUGCGAGAAAUGCAACAGCGGAUUCUGCAAGGCUUGCGUGAAGAGAAAUUUCAAUAGAGACGUGUUCGAAGAACUGAAGGCAUUGGAUAAUUGGGAUUGUUUUAUGUGUAAUCCGAACCCCUUGUACGAGCUACGUGCUAAGGCUUGGGCUGCUGAGUCCUACUACCAGAGUCACAGGAAGGAAGAUAGGAAAACAAAGAUGAAGACGAACGCCGACGAGGAUGAUGAUGCACCCAAAGAAAAACGCGCGAAAAAAGAUCGUUCGGCUAACACUGAGCCAAAAUUCAUAGACGCCGGUCGCAAACUUCUGUGCGAUUCUCUUGACAGCGCUAAGCGCCUGGCUGAACAGUGCAAGCUACAGGCGGAAAAGAUCCAGAAAUCGAAACUGUCGAAAAAACGGCUGAAAACGCCCGAAGACAUGCGAAGUAUCGAGACAAAAUUGCAGGCGUUUCUCGACAGUUUCACCGAAAAUGUCGAAUCCAUAAAAGAUACUUUGAAGAAAAGCAUGGAAGGCUGGCAGCAGCACUAUGAUGAAAGGUUCAAGAACCAGACGAACGGCGAUGGAAAGAGUGAAGAAAACGGAAACGAAUGUGACGCAGAAGAGAAGGAGGGAGAUGAAGACGAGGAGAAGAAGGAGAAGAAGAAGAAGGGAGGCGAAGAAGAGCAGAAGGAAGGGAAAGCAGAUGAUGAUGAAGAAGUGGAGAAUGAGAAGGAGGAUGAAAAGAAUGAGACGGAAGAAGAUGGAAAAGAGAAGGAAGAAGAUGGAAAGGAGAAGAAUGAUGAGGUGAGUAGUGACAAUGAUGAAGCGGAUGGAGAGACAAAGAAAGAGGAUAAGGAUAAGGAGGAAGAAGAAAAGGAUGAAGAAAUGGAAACUACGGAGGUGUCAGAUGCAGAAGAGAGUAAAGUUAUUUCAGAUUCUGACGCCAAUGAUGAUUCAAUCAUGGACACAACCGCAGCGCUUGAAGAAACUAUUGAUUUGGAUAGUGAGCAAAAAAAGACUCAAGACUAGAGCAUUAAAGUUUUUAUGAAUUUCAUUGUAAAUAACUAUUCCAUUAGACAGAGUUAAGCUGAAUUCUCUCACUCAUCAGUGACAGGCACAGUGAAAAUAUAAUUCCCAUGAAUUUUGAUUGGACUGUUCUCACUCAGUAUGAAUACUCCCAUUAGGAUUAGUGGGGAUAAUAUUCUCACUAUACCGGCCACUCUCACUGACACAGAUGUCCAGUUUUUUCUAAAUUAUGGACUCACAUUUGAAUAAUUUUUUCUACUGAAGUACUUAUGCGAAAUAACGAAACAAUGGAAAGAGGAAAUUUCAAUUUUUUUUUACAAAUAGCAUUUUGGGGCUUUGGCCCAUAUUGGAUAUCACUCGACAAAGCAGAUAGCCUUACCCUUUCCCAACUCCACAACUUUGCCAGAUCGUUUUUAACAAUGUAAAGCACGGAGCACACUGGGAACGCGCCGCACCGCGCCGCGCAGCCGUUUUCCGGACAUGACCCACAACCCCACCACUGUCUCCAUUCAAUGGAGUGCCAUGUACACACAUCAAUAAAUGAUUAUGAUAAUGAACCUCUGAAUUCAACUCAUGAAAUGUGGGUUAUAAAAAUAAGAUUGGAAUUAUGAAGUUAUGUAGUUCAAGUAGUUCUAGACUAUGUAAACUAUAUAGUUUCAUUCUGUGACGUGUGAGGUCAUGUCUAACCUAUAUAUAUAUACCGAACUUCAUUUAAUUUGAAUGCUUAGAUAAUAUAUUAAGUAGACGCUAAAAUGAAUGGAAGAUAUGCCACAAUAUAAAUACAAUACAAAAUUGAAACCAUAGAGAAACGAUAGCAUAAGUAGAUAUCCCAUGGUAUAGGGCGUUUAUGUCGCAACUUUUGCUGUUAUCCCAAGCCGAUAGUUCACAUAGUUCUUUCCUAUGCUGCUGUGUGACGCUGGUAGUCUCUCAAAUUGUUCCAUUCAUACACUAUCACCCCAACAAAACAGUAAAAAUUGACAAUAAUCGAAAGUCAUCGGCUUGAGAUAACAGUAAAAGUUGCGACAUAAAUUCCCUAUACCAUGGGAUAUCUACUUACGCUAUUCUUUCUCUAUGAUUUAAACUUACCUGUAAUAACUUUGUGUAUGUACGCAAAAUUUGUGCAGUUUGUAGCGAGGAGCAAAAUUGAAUGAGAUAACCUAAACAAGAUUGAGCUAACCGAGGGUAGCAAGAGCAAAAGCUUCCAAGGGUAGCGAAGAGGCACCCGAAAGGUGGCGGCGCUCAGAGGAAAAAUUCCUCUCCUAUCGCACAUUGGAGGCGCGCCGCGCCGCGCAGCCACAGAGGAAAAAUUCUGCUCCGUAUUCUCCCAAAAGUUCCGGCAGCGGAAUAAUUGCACGGCUGCGUAGCGCGGCAAGGCGCGGCGCGGCGCGCCUCCAGUGUGCUUAUUCUAACUUAUUUACAUGAAAAGAAUUCAACCGGAAUAAUUCCACGGCUCCACGGCUGCGCGGCGCGGCGCGUCCCCAGUGUGCUCCGUACUUAAUAUAAUAUAACCAAUAAACAAAAUAUUUGAUAUCAAUUUUAAAAAUUCAUUAUUCAAUCAUUGAAAAAUAUAUUUUUUGGCAAGUAAAAUUGAAUUGAAUUUAUUUGUUUCCAACAAUAUACUGCAUACAAUGUACAUUUAUACACAGUAUACAUAAUAUAAAAAGAAUAAGUACACAAUUAAUGAAACUAUGCUCAAUGGACCUUGAGGUUUUUUUGUGAGUCGCUGUGAAGCUAUCAAUCGAAUUUUGCGAUAGUCCGUCCCGAUAUACCCAUGAUUUUUAAUUUUUCUAGUACAAUUUUGCGGUCUAUUGAGUCAAAGGCUUUUGACAAAUCUAUAAACAAUAGAAGAAUAUAUUUAUUUUUAUUUAUUCCUGCCCUCAAAUAAUCGCUCAAUUGAUAAAAACAGUUAGCGGAGUUACAGUCAUCUCUAAAGCCAAACUGCCAGUCUGUUAAUAUUAAUUAUUUUAUUUGUUUUCAAGUAUUGAACAAGCUGCUUUUUAAAGCAUUUCUCGACCACUUUAGCGACAACAUUUAAUAAAGAUAUGGGUCGAAAAUUGUUCAAAUCAAAUCAUUCUUUAUUGUUGCAAAACAAUACAAUAAUGUUAAAAACAAACGUCAUAUAAGUUAAAAGAAAGUCAGUUAUACAAAAGAAAUAAAGACCGUCAAAUUCCUAAUAGCCUAGCUAGUCAAAACAAUCUUAAAAUAUAAGAUAACAUUCAAGAAUAUCAGAUUUGUCAAUAGUGAUAACAAUCUCAAGCAGGUACCUCAUUGAAUUAUGAAAAUUUUUAAUUGAAAUUCAUUGACUCCAAUCUAUUUCGAAAUAUUCAACAACAGAAUACAAACAUUUUUUUAUUAAUAUUUCUUUUAUCACGCUCUUAAAUUUAUUCGGAGGCAGCAAUUUGAAAUUAUCUGGAGUAGAGUUAUAUAAUUUUACAAAGUGAAAUUUUUUUGAGAUUUUGUGUGAGUGUACUGCUCAAUUCUAAGUUUGUGUUUAUUUCUUGUGUUUAAUGUGAAAAUUACUGUUUAUAUUAUCCUUUUCCAAAUUACUAUGCACAUAACAAACAACAUAUAAAACAUGCAAUGAGGGUAGUGACAAAAUUUAUGAAGAGAGGCUUACAAUGUGUAUUAAAUGGAACAUUGAUGAUUAUCCUUACAACCUUUUUUUGUGGAAUAAAAAUAGAUUUCGCUUUCACACUAUUCCCCCAAAAAAUAACACCAUAAGUGAGGAUACUUUGAAAAUGAGCAAAACAUACAUUAAGCAGGAUGGAUGUACGCACUGUCACACUAAGUCUGCGAAUCAUGUAGGAACCUUUUGCUAAUCUACCAGAUAAGUAAUCUAAAUGCGCAUCCUAAGACAAGUUCUCAUCCAAAUAGAUACCCAAGAAUUUUAGGGAAUGCUCCCUUAACUCCCUAGUGAAUCUAAAACUAAUAUCAGCGGUUUUACUCUUAUUAAGUGAUAGAUUGUUUGCUGCACACC